UACUUCUGCACUUUACUACUGUUUAUUGUAGAGAUGGGAGGCCUGGUCAGCAAGUUUCAGUACCGGGGACCAGAGGAAGCAGCAGAAGGAGAAAGCGGCAGCCGACGGCAUGGUGGAGAGUGUAAAAAAAGGAGGCGAAACGCUCAGUGCGACUGUGAUAGUGAACAAGAGGGAGAUGAUGACAUACUAGAUACACCUCGCAGGAAGAAGUUGAAAAGUACCUCAAAGUACAUUUAUCAGACCUUGUUUCUAAAUGGAGAAAACAGUGAUGUUCGCAUCAGUGCUCUGGGGCAGGAGUGGAACCUCCACAAAGUCUACCUCCGUCAGUCUGGAUAUUUCUCCAGCAUGUUCAGCGGCUCUUGGAAGGAGUCAAAUAUGAUGGAAAUCAACUUGGAGAUCCCUGACCAGAACAUUGAUGCUGAAGCUUUGCAAGUCGUAUUUGGAUCUUUGUACCGUGAUGAUGUCCUGAUCAAGCCCAGCAGGGUGAUCAGUAUACUCGCAGCUGCAUGCAUGCUUCAACUGGAUGGUUUGAUCCAGCAGUGCGGUGAAACCAUGAAGGAGAACAUCAGUGCAAAGACUGUGUGUGGCUACUACUCUUGUGCGAGCAUCUAUGGCCUGGAUUCAGUCAUAAAAAAGUGUCUCGAAUGGCUUUUGAACAAUUUGAUGACGCAUCAGAAUGUUGACUUGAUGAAAGAACUUGGGGCUGAUGUGAUGAAGCAGCUAAUCCAGUCCUCAGAUCUAUUUGUCAUGCAGGUGGAGAUGGACGUCUACACUGCUCUGAAGAAGUGGAUGUUUCUACAGCUCAAUCCUUCAUGGGACGGUCAAAUCAAGCAGCUUCUGUCUGAUGCUGAUGCUUGGCUUUGCAAACGUAGGACAGAUCUGUGUGAAAAGGAACCAUUUUUAAACACAGAGGAGGGGGCGCCAUUUCACUCAGUUUUCAGGCUUGUGCGUCUCCAGUACAUCAUCAACGAUCUCGCCUCUGCACGCAUCCUAGAGAGAGACAACAUCCUACCUCCUGAUUGGCUAUCAGUGAUGUACAAAAACCAGUGGUUUGCUAUGCUCCGAACAGAGUUUGACAACGAUAAUGGACCUCAACAGCCAAAUAAAGACGAGUUUGAGCAGAACAGCAUGAGAUGUGGCAGGAAGCUGAGUAAAGAUGGAGAUUACUGCUGGAGGUGGACGGGCUUUAACUUUGGGUUUGACCUUUUGGUGACGUACACAAACCGCUUUAUAGUCUUUAAAAGGAAUACACUCAGUCAGCCAUGUGGGGGCGCUGUGAGCCUACAACCAAGACGACAUCUGGCUUAUAGGUUACGUCUGGCCUCCUUUGAUAGCCGAGGGAAGCUGGUCUGCAGUCGCUCUACGGGCUACCAGCUUCUCACCCUGGAGAAAGACCAGGAAUACGUGGUGAUGAACCUGGACAGUCGGCUGUUAUCAUUCCCCCUGUAUGUAUGCUGUAACUUCCUGUAUACGUCACCUCAUUCAGACCAGCGUCCAGAUUCCUCUGAGCCAGAAAGUGCUGCUCGCGUCACGUCUUGAUAUCUGCUAAAACGGGCAUUAGCUGCUACCAUUCCUUUGGUGAGGUGGAACGACUGACCUAGACUGUGUGCAGUCCACCAGACCGCCUGCAUGCUUUUACUUCUGUGGAGUUUGGGGGAAUUUUUACAGCGUAUGGACAGACUUUUUGGCACAUUUUACACACUUGGCGUACUGCUCAGAAGGGAUCACUACCUUUUUGUUCUAGAUCAGAUCUACCUUGCUUCUUUGCAAUGACAUGUUUUUCUUUUUUUAUUACCAUAUGGACACAGAAAAAUUGGCACCUUUUUUUUUUUGGACACAUCCUGGUUUAAUUUGUGAUGUUCCUGGAUUACUACUGUACGAGUCUUCCGCCUCCUUCUAGCUCCUCCAGUUGUCCGUUCCUCUGCUGCCACCUGCAGGAUGCUCAAGGGAGUGUCCUGUGUUGGGUGCAAGUUUCUGUUAUUGGCUGAUUUGAAGGAUUCUGUCUGCCUUGGUAGGUUCUAGAGUUCUUAACAAAGCCUUUAAUUAUAUUUAUAUAUAUAUAUAUAUAUAUAUAUAUAUAUAUAUAUAUAUAUAUAUAUAUAUAUAUAUAUAUAUAUAUAUAUAUAUAUAUAUAUAUAUAUAUAUAUAAAGGUAGUUUAUAAGAGAGACCUGUUAGGAUGUGUAAAAACUCAUUUAGAACAAAAUGCAAAAGUUACUAAAAGCAUUGGAAUCAAAUUCCUUUCCCCUCAUUCCUAUAUGAGUCAUUGUUAAAAUCAUCAAUAUAGUCUGGUUGGUUUGAUUAUGCUCCUCAGAGCAUGGGUCACUUUUAAUGUGGAUCAAUCUACCGUAGUAAUCAGCAUAUUAAAUGAUUGAUGUAUGGGUAAUAGUAAAAAAAAGGUUUAUGUUAUUGGUGCCCAAAUAAUUUGCCCUUUUCAUGUCCUUCAUCGUUAUUGUUUCCUGGAUUUCAAAACAAAGGGAGUAAAAGUCAGUUUGUUUCAUUUCUUGCAGUGCUCACUUCCUGAUGUUUAGUCAGAUCCCAUGAUUAUCAUUUACAGGGAGGUUUGAGACUGUUUGAGUUACGCAAAGUGGAAUCUUUAUUCUGCACUCAUUUAAACACAAAUUAACUCUGCAGUUAUCUAAAUCUUUUAUUCUAGCCUAAUUCAUCUGUUCAAUAUCUGUUGGAUGUUUUUCAGACAAGCUGUUACCUCCAACAUUUUGAAAACACAGGUGUAUUUUUUAACUUAUCUCCUAUGUCUGUAAAGCUGUCAUUAUGUACAAAGUUAAACUUGGGUUUUAUUUUAUUUUAUUUUUUCACUUUUAUUUUAUGGAUGUUUUAUGUUUGCUUAAGAAAUAUCUAUCUCUGCCAAUAAAACUGCCCUGUCAUUUGGGCCGUGGUGCUAUCACACA